GUGAUUGUUAUCUUCCGCGAAAAAUCAGUCAACAAGGGAGUUGUUCAACUUAAAAAGAGUUUUUUAGGUGGAAUUAGUUGAGGAAGCGAAAAAGAUGCUUAAAACUGUUCUGUGGUCUCUCCUUGUGGCUUUAUUUAACAUUGCAGUAGAAACAGAGGCGAGGACUGAAGGUCUCGUCAAUGUGGAUAUAACAGUGAGCACAAGCAAACUGAAGGAAACCAAAGAGUUCUACACAAAGUACUUGAAAUUUAAAGUUAUGAAGGAAACGUCAGGAUUUCUCUCGCUCCUACCCGGGCCAGGUGUUGCCUUUCUUGAUUUCGUCGUGGAGGGUGCAGAACACGCAUGCGCCAGACCUCAGUUGGCUAGGAAUUUUCCUGGGAAAGGCAUGUUUCUUACUUAUAAUCUGGGAGAUGUGGAUGCAGCUUGUGAGGAGUUCAACAAGUCUGGAUAUCCGCUGGCCAUGCCAAUAAAAACUGAGACUUGGUUUGAACGUCAUUGUUACGUCAUUGAUCCAAACGGGAUACCGCUGAACCUAGCUCAUUGGAAUGACACUCCAGCUGAACCAAAAGGCGUUAGCAGCAUGGUAUUCUAUUAUACCUCUCUCAAACUGUCUGAUUUACAAAACUGGUACAGUAAAAACCUUAACAUGACGGUGACGAGCGGGGUGGACCAGAUCGAUUGGGUGAUAAAGCUGACCGCUGCUAAAGGCACUGUGGAGUUUCGUCCAUUCCAUCCUAGAAACAUAACCAAUAACCCAGCUUCUUUCAUUCCGCACUUGCUGGAAGAAUUUGAUGGACAUGGCCUGUCAUAUACGUUUAAUUUCAACACAUCCACCGAAGUGGACAGGUGGUGCCAGUACCUUGAAGACCGCAAUCUGAACCUAAAGCGACCAUUAGGCUGGGUGGGUGGGCAUAAGAGAUGCGCAAUAGAUGACCCGAAUAGUGUGUUAAUAAAUAUAGCCACCCCUGGAUGGAACGAGUACGAAGAAGAGGUGAACUGCCCGGUCGAAACGAAAUCCGAAGCUCCAGGGAUUUUGAAAGGAGCCAGCAUCUUGUCCGUGGCUGUAGCGCUUCUUAUUUCAGUCUUGCUUUUUUAGCUCAGUAUAAGUGGAUAUGAACGGAGGAUGAAGUCGCUACAUUUUCCUUUAUUUUCAAUAAUUUUUUUAGGUCAUACCAACACAACGGUCAAAUGACCGCAUGUGCGCAGAGGCUAGGUGGCGUACAUCUAGGUUGUCAGAACCAAGUUGUCUUAUAAACAACCACACAAGCGAGUGAGUCGCGGUGUUUAAAUGCCGUAUGGCUUUUCUGGUAAAACCUAGCAAUAAAAUGGUACAUCAGCUGAAAAUUCGUAAUUACAUAAGUUACGUGUACGAAAAGUAACUAGCUUUCCUUUUCUUCACUUCUGUUUCCUUUCAUAUAGUUACCUGGACGUAUCAAUGUUUUUCUUUUUCUUUUUUGCAUAUUUGUCAUGAAAGCAACUGGUUCUUAUGUUUUCCUUUAAAAUUUUGCGCGGGAACUCGUCACACUGCUGGGUAAAAUUAAUCCUUUUGCACAUGCCGCACAUUUGACCGCUGUGUUUGUCAUACCGUUUUUGAGUGCAGUAAGGCAGUAGGACUCUACCUAGUUGUUUCUCUAUUUAAACAGUCCCAUAGGAAGCGCACGAGAGGUGCACGCGAGGGAAGAUGGUCCUUCGUUGUAGUAAUGCGUCAGUAACCAUAAAAUCGGUGUUUUAGUUAGUUUGCAUCGCUCGCUAUUAGAGCGAUUUUUGUUGCUGUUAUCGUUGUUAAUUUACAUGAAUACACGAAUCUUAAACUGGGUUUUUGUAACUUUUUUUCUGUGAUUUAAUUAAACUUUAUUCUCUAAACUCCUCA